AUGAAAGCAUCUGUUCAAAUGAAUUUACAGGUACCUCCCUCGAAAGUGAAAGGUGGGCUCAAAGCCCCGUUUCGGGUGUUGGGUCUGCAGCAGGUCUGGCAAGAGGAUGGGCUGGCACUCUACGCUUGCAUAAUUCCAGCAGAGGAAUCUCUGGCACAGAACAGCACCAAGAUCCGGAAGCAUAAAGCUAAGGAAGCUCUUCGAGGAACAUCCAUUUUUUACCAGCAGAUGUCUACAUACCUCUCCCAUACAUGGCUUCCAAAUGUUAUCUGGUGGAGCAGAGAACUGACCAGUCGCCUCCAGAACCAGCUAUACCCACUCCUUCCAGAGAUUCCCGCUGUACGGCUCAACUGCAUCACCGCUAUUAACCCUGACCCUAAGGCAGUGGAGAAAGCAUUUGCAAUGCCAGCUGGGUUCUACUGGCAGACAGUAGAGACUGAUGAAAAAUACUUCCCUGACAGUAGUGACAUUGGGGCCAGUGCAGAUAUAGACACUGAGGUUGCUGUGGCGUUGCUGUUUGAAACCCUACUCCGAACUCCUUUGGCUGUCCAUCACAUGUUACAGCUGAUCCUCAGUUCUGGUUUGGAUAUCUGUGGGCUCCGCCUGCUCUAUCCCCAGCACAGCAUGCUGCUUGCUAGCACAGACAAGCUGCCUUCUACUUAUGCUCCAGAGGCUGGCAAGGCUCCACCUGUGCUGGCUUUAGGCUUGAGAGGGCCAAAAGCACGUAGCGCCUUACAAGAUAUCAUAGGGCCCUCGGAUCCACAGCUGGCCAGCAUGACAGACUGUGGCUCCAUCAAUGCCAUCUACUGCAGGAGCCAAGCUGAGCCCCUCGCCUACCUGCCCCACACAGACAGCCGUGUGCACAGGGAGCUGUGCCUCUUGUUCGGAGGGAGAGCAUGCUGUGAUGAGGUGCUUCAUGUUGGUGUCCAGAAUCCUGCCUGCAAAUAUAACAAAUCAAGACUUCAGAGUCCUUCAUCUAAUAGAGCAAAUGCUGACCAAGAGAGGGCUGAUCUCCAGGACAUGGCACUGUCCAGACCUCCGGCAACACUGGUCUUGACCACCAAAGGGGAUGUCAUUUUGGUCGUGUCACCUGCUGUGCCUCCUCAUGCAUAUGGGGAUGUGAUUUCAACCUGUACUCAGAGAGGUUUUACUCUGCAGGGAAUCAAGCAGCUGCGACUUUCUCCCAAGCGAGCCAUCAUGGUUAGCAUGACAACAAGUCAGAUGGCUGUAUUUUGCCCUAACAAGACUUCAAGUCCCCCUGAUAGGAGAUCCUCAAGAGAAGAACUUCCUGCUGAGCCACGCUUGCACAGUCUGAUUUUACUGCUGAGAAAGGAGAAUGCUGGCCAUCAUGUUCCUGCAUUCGUCAAAGGGCUGAUGAAUGAACUGGUAGAACGAGGCCUCCUUGGGGAGGUGCGAAGCAACUUGCCUCCCAGUGCUGAACUGGAACCUGCAUUGUGUUUUCACGUGGCUCCCUAUACUGACAGCUUGUUGCAGACACUGGGAGGCAAUCUCAGUGCAGUGCCAGACUCAUGUAAUGUUCCUCUGGAUCUUUUAUGCCACCGAACCUACGCCUUGGAUCCUGAAAUGGAACAAGUUGUCAUCCUGACACUGAUUGGAAAGGAAGCCAUGAAGAGUGCUGGCCAUCUUCUUUGCCAAAUCCUUCACCCUGGCUUCCAGAAGCAAGCUCAAAACCCAGAAGGACUUGACCCAGGGUUUGAACUUCUGAGCCUCAAGUGGUUGCCCCAGCUCACUCGGAGUCAGGCCAAAGAAGUAACCCCUUUCGAGGUGGGAGAUACCUCCUGGCAAAGAAGCAUCAGUAUGCUGAUGUCCAGCCCAGCUCUCAUCUGUGUGCUGCGGAGGGUCAAUGCCUUUGGGGUUCUUGCUGAGACCCUGAAGAAGCUGACGCUGCUGGGAGACAAGCCAAGCACUAACACUAGUGACCUUCAGAGAGUGGUGGCCUUGACCCCAGAGAUGGCCUUCAGACAGGCAGUCCUCUUCUUCACCGAGAAAGAGUUCAUACCUGAUUGCAAACGUCGCCCUGCUAUGAAGUACCUGCCACCAUAUGGCAGAAGUUCCAGGGCUGAAGGAGGAGAGACUCGGAGAGGCCACGCAGAGUCAUUGUUCACCUACAUGCAAGCAGGAGCCCAGCUUCUUUGUACUGUCUUGCUGAUCAAACCUGGUGUCUGGGCUCGUAGCCUUGCUAGAAUCCUCCGAAAACUAGACCUAGAAAAAUUCAGCCUUGUUGGGAUGAAACACAUAAGCCUGAAACCAGACAUUGUCUUAGGACUCCUCUCAUCUGAAGCUAAACAGGAGCCUUCAAUUUUAGAAGCUCACUACAGCUACCUCACCUCUGGUUCCUCCCUUGUAUUGUGCCUGCAGAGAGAGAAUGCUGUAAAGAAGCUGGUAGAUUUAUUGGGGCCAGAGGACCCUAUGCUGGCUCAAACACUAGACCCACGCCUUUGGAGGGCUCAGUAUGGUGCCAGCUCAGUACAAAAUGGAUUUUAUGGCUCCAGAUCCUAUCACGCUGCUGUCCGAGAUACGAAGUUGUUUUUUCCAGAAGGGCUGUGCUGUGCCGAUUGGUGGGUGCUAAAGGAAGAAGAGAUUUGUAACAUGAAAUGUGACCCGAUAGUCAGACCGGAAAUCAGCAAGCGGCGCAGGAUUGUAAAACAUGAAACAAGAAGGCAACUCAAUUUCCUGGGCUCUGAGCAGCAGCGUAGUCUAGACCUGCCAUUGCUUGAUACACUCUGCCAAACCACUUGCCUGAUACUUCCCGGGAUAAUCCUUCAGGGUUCAGAGCACCCGCCUUACCUUGGCCUGCUAGACCAGCUGGUUGGCAGAGAUUUCACAGUGACAGGGGUACGGCUCACUGUGCUGGACAAAUCACAGGCUCGCCUCAUCUCUGAGACUCUGAGCACUGAGGGGUGCAACGUUUCGACAAUGCAUUCCCUGUUGGACGGGGCAUGUCUGGUGGUAGCAGCACAGCGAGACAAUGCUGUUAUUUGCUUUGACUCCCUGCUGGACUGUGGCCGCUGGCAGAAGCAGGCUGUGCUGGACUGCAUGCAGCAUCUUCUGUAUCCCCAAACGGAGAAACAGGCUGAAGAGCUCCUCUGUUGCCUUUUUGACUCCUUAACAUCUGACAGCUUCUACCGCAUUGAAACCCAGGAUUCCUAG